GUAUAAAGUGUACGACGAAGCAUAAGAGCAAUUGUUUAUUCAACAAACUGCAAGUUGUUAAACAAGUGGAGUAUGUUAAUAUUAAGAACAGAAAAUUGUUGUUAACGAUCAGGGCAAACAGAAAAAAAGGACGAGAAGUAGAAGCAAAAGAAAGGAACGAGUAAAAAAAGAAAAUAAUAUACAGGAGUAAUAUACAAGUUACAUAAGAAAUAUGGAAAAGGCAGUAGAAAGAAAUUUAAAAAUAGGCAUCUCACGUAAUCGGCCUGGGUUUUGGCUCCUGAGCUCGUUGGUAGUUCUGAGCUUGAGUUUGUGCGCAGUUUCCUGGUUGACGGAAGUGUUCAGUGAUGCAAUAGUGUCUAGACUUCAACUGCGUAACGGUAGUUUGAGCUUUGCUUGGUGGCAACAUCCAACUGUACGUGCUGUGUAUCGGAUUCAUGUGUUCAAUUACACAAAUGUAGAGGAUUUUGAGGCUGGUCGGGCAGCAAAAUUGCAUGUACAUGAAAUCGGACCAUAUGUAUACCGCGAAACUGUUGCACGUAUAAAGCCAAAAAUUGCCGACAAUUUACAUGAAAUAAGUUACCAGGAGAUGCGUAGUUAUCAAUGGGAGGGUGGUAGUCCUGAUGAUGAGCAACUAACAGUACCAAAUGUGCCCCUCUUCACAGCCAUAGCCUUUGCACGGGACAUGAGUUUUAUCGCCCAACUUUCACUUACCGCCGUACUUUCUACUAUACGCUCUAAGCCUUUCCUCAAAUUACCCGUUCACAGUUAUCUUUGGGGCUAUGAUGAUGAGCUUUUUCGAUUAGCUAAGCCCCUUAUAUCCUGGCAACAGAAUAUUCCGUACGACAACUUUGGCAUUCUAGCUUUUAAAGCUGGUGUAUCAAAGGAUCGGCUGACGAUUAGUUCUGGUUUAGAUGAUAUAAGAAAUCUUGGAAAUACAAUAUAUUUCAAUGGAAGAAGUAAUCGAAAUAUUUGGCAUGACCAAAAAUGCGAUAAGGUUGAAGGUUCUGAUGGUAGUAUGUUUCCUCCUUCGCUAAUCAGAGAUCAUACUUACAAUAUUAAAUUUUAUGCAAAAGAAAUGUGUAGAUCAAUUCCUCUUCAAUAUUAUGGCAAGAGUUAUGCUAAAGGAAUACCUUCUCUUCGGUAUAAGUUAUCCGGUGACGUUUUCACUGCUAAUUCAUCGCAUAACUCUUGCUACUGCCACAAAAGAUUCAAUGAUACUGGAGGAAAAAAUUUAAUUUGCUCACCCAAAGGGAUUUUUAAUACUUCAGUCUGUAAUUUCGGAGCCCCAAUUCUUUCUUCGCUGCCUCAUUUUUAUUUAGCGGACGAGUCUCUUCUGGAUAAUAUUGAUGGACUCAAACCAAAAGAAAAACUCCACGAAACUUAUGUCGAUAUUCAUCCUCGAUUGGCAGUGCCGAUAGGUGGCUGGUCAAGGGUUCAGAUAAAUAUGGAAGUCCGGAAAGCUGAUGCAGUACCUUUUCUAGGUCGGUUGAAAGAUGGUGCGAUUUUACCAGUUCUUUGGAUAGAAGUUGGAAUCGACGAAAUUCCUGACUCAGUGAUGAAUAUCCUAUACCAUUCGUAUUACACAGCCAAUACUAUUGAAGCUUGCCUUCAGUGGGGAAGUUUACUCAGCUUAUUUUCAUCAGUUUUUCUGUUUACGUAUAUGCAUUUUAAAAAUCGAUACAUUAAUCAACCAAAUCUACUCUUCUAAUAUAUUUUUAUUCUGGUAUCUGAGAUUUCUUUUUCUACAUCGCUGUUUUGAAUAUAUUUCACUGUUGUGUACGGUAAAAAAUAUUAGUUUUCAAAUAUUCGAAAAUCAACUCAUGGAAUUUAAAAUACAAAUAAAUACAUACAGUUGUUAUAUAUAGUGUGUCAAACAGAGAAAAUAAAUUUUACAAACUUGUGGUGAUUAUUUGAAUUAUUACAUUUGAACUUCGAACAGUUCAACAAAAACGUUUGCAUAGCAACGCUUAAUUAUUCGAAUAACUAUUUUUUACUUUCAGUCUGUCAACGGCUUUCAUUAUUAAUAGUCAUACAA